CGUACCCGGACCACCACCACCUGGCGCCCGCCAUCCCUCCUGCCAGACGGGAACGAACCCCACAGGCUAUUCUUGGGCUGCGCCUGCGCCUCUACGCGCCGCCGACUUUGAUGUACCAUCCAUAUUAAUAUCUACCAAGCUCUGUCCUGCUGCUCUCGUCAUUGUCCAUCUGUCAUUAUUUCAGCCCUGAGCAAUCUUCCUCUCGUUCUCUUGCCUCACUUUGCUCGACGCAGCACAGCAAUCACCACUGCUCUUCUUCGACUGCCCCGCAUCCUCAUCACCAACGCGCGUACCGGCGCCUGCAUCUACCCCUCGCUCGCAUUCUCGAGCUCUCUCUAAUCCGCCGUUCCUCCCCGACACGUACCGCGACAAAGACAUCAAACAUGGCAGACCUCCAGGGGCGCAAGGUCUUCAAGGUCUUCAACCAAGACUUCAUCGUGGACGAGCGGUACACCGUGACCAAGGAGCUCGGCCAGGGCGCAUAUGGCAUCGUCUGCGCAGCCGUGAAUAGCCAGACCAACGAGGGCGUCGCUAUCAAGAAGGUCACCAAUGUUUUUAGCAAGAAGAUUCUGGCCAAGCGUGCCCUGCGCGAGAUCAAGCUGCUGCAGCAUUUCCGGGGGCAUCGAAACAUUGCAUGCCUUUAUGACAUGGACAUUCCUCGUCCCGAUAACUUCAACGAGACAUACCUCUACGAGGAGCUUAUGGAAUGCGACCUGGCAGCCAUCAUCCGUUCAGGCCAGCCCCUGACCGACGCCCACUUCCAGUCCUUCAUCUACCAGAUCCUCUGCGGUCUCAAGUACAUCCACUCGGCCAACGUCCUGCACCGCGACCUCAAACCUGGCAACUUGCUUGUCAACGCCGAUUGCGAGCUGAAGAUCUGCGACUUUGGCCUGGCUCGUGGCUUCUCGGUCGAUCCGGAGGAGAAUGCUGGCUACAUGACCGAAUACGUGGCAACCAGGUGGUACCGUGCGCCCGAGAUCAUGCUCAGCUUCCAGAGUUACACCAAGGCCAUUGACGUGUGGUCUGUCGGCUGUAUUCUUGCUGAGCUGCUCGGAGGCCGGCCCUUCUUCAAGGGUCGCGACUACGUCGACCAGCUCAACCAGAUCCUCCACAUCCUCGGCACACCCAACGAGGAGACGCUCUCGCGCAUCGGCUCGCCCCGCGCACAGGAGUAUGUGCGCAACCUGCCGUUCAUGCCCAAGAAGCACUUCCCUGCACUGUUCCCCAACGCGAACCCGGACGCGCUCGACUUGCUGGACAAGAUGCUCGCGUUCGACCCCUCAAGCCGCAUCAGCGUCGAGCAGGCGCUUGAGCACCCCUACCUUCAGAUUUGGCACGAUGCCUCGGACGAGCCAGACUGCCCGACCACCUUCAACUUUGACUUUGAGGUCGUCGACGAUGUUGGAGAGAUGCGUCGCUGCAUCCUAGACGAGGUGCACAGGUUCCGCCAGAGCGUGCGAACAGCGCCAGGUGGUGGUGCGCAGGGCGGCGGACCUAACCAGCAGCAAGUGCCGGGCCAGGUACCCAUGCCGCAGAACAAUGGACAGUGGACAGCCGAGGACCCGCGUCCGCAGGAGUAUGUGGGACAGCACGGCGGGUUGGAGCAGGACUUGGCCGGUGGGUUGGAUGCCACGCGAAGGUAAAAAGGGGUUGGUCGGGUGUGGUGGAUCUUGGGUGUUAGACAAAGGAGCGAGCGGACGCUUGGACAACAUUUCUAUUUUCGUUUGGCGACGCACGCGCAAGUAAUGAACCCUUGCGCCAUGAGACUGUUUUUUCCAUGCUAUUCUUCUUUGUAUCGGUGCAUGGAAUAAUCAAGGUACGUACGUAGGGAGAUGGGGAAUAGGUCGCCAAGCGGCCACGGCAAUCUGUGUAAGCGCCCGUAGCAAAGCGUCGCACUAAGGCGUGGCCAAGGCUGGGCAUGCGAGGUUUCAGAAUGCCAUGUUCACAUGUCAUUUCGCAGAGGGCGGCACUGCUC